GUGCCACUACAGUCAAAGGACUUUCGUAGUACAUCAGCACAGAAAGAGGUGGCGCCAUUUUGUAGGAAGUCUUACCCACAAAAUGGCAGUGUGCAACUUAUUAACCCUUUAAAGACCAACCGUCUAGUCCAGCAGACCAGUUCACGGAUUGAGCUCCCCAGUAACUUCACCCAUACUCAUGCAACAUCAACAGAGUAGUACUGAAACUGCACAUGGGUGCACUGAAGUCCCAUUGAGGACUUCAAUCAUCAGCCCAGUUGCUGUCACCACCAGUAGUACUGCCUGUCGGCCACAGCACGCAGGGACAGCUGCAGCAGCACAGGAGCCGACCGCGGUCCAGUCGCCCGGAUGAAGUCGUGCUACCGCCCCGCCAGGCUCUGGCAGAGACAGCCAUAGACAAUUUAGGGGGCGGGCUCUCUCGGAUUUCUUCGCACCUUGUCAUUGGCUGUAAUCAUACAGUUGUAUAACGUACGUACAAUUUCGGGCACAUUGUCUGAAAAUGCGCAAAUAAAGAAAAUGGAGGCGGAUCUGGCUCCAGCGCUGCUAUCUGGAGCACAAGGAGCUGUGUAGUCUACGUCGUGCGGGAAAAACACUUUGUCUUUUUGACUGUACGACUCACAGUCCAGAAAGGAAAAAAAAAAGGGUCUCCAGUCCUGACUCUUGUUUCCCAGGGAAGACGGAAGCCAUCUACAAGGACAGUGGCUUUCUCCGUGUACUGGUGAAGAAAAGACGACAUGUGAUGUCUUCUAACCGAGUGUGUGAAGUGAUUAUUACAACACGGACGAUGUAGCCGAUGAGCCACAAAGGAAACCCGGCGGUGAAGCACACAGGAGCCACACGGAGCACCGAUCUGGCAGCCAGGUUUGAUGUCUUACAAGAUUUAGAUGCCAGCAGACAUUUUACCAGGUUUCCAUUCAGAUGUAACCCACAUCAUCCUGGAUAAUCCUGGUCCCUUUAUGUCCAAGAAAAGGAUUGGGUAAAAUAAGCCCCAGCUUCCAGUCCCUGCAGAGAAUGGCUCAUGAGUGGGAUUCAUACUUCCAUAACAUUUCAUCUCUAUCAUCGGAUUCAAGCACUUUGAGAAAGACAUCAGAAUCAGAGGGUCUUCCCCAGCACAUAGAGAACCUCAUUGGAAACCAUGACUUCUCUGGCACAGUGGCUUCACAUGAAACACCUGCAACAAACUCAGACUCAAACUUCAACACAAACUUUUACUCCAAUCCCAGUACUGGAAUUUCCAGAUCAGACUGUGUUUAUCAACAAUACUACAAGGAAAUGACAUGGCAAGCUGAUGGAGAACAAAUGGAAAAAGAUUACUUGCCAGAUUUUGCCACAGAUGGAUUAUCAACACCAACAUCUUUUUCUUCUACAUCUUUUGCAGCAGAUUUACAAGGACUUAAGCAAGACUGUGGAAUGCUAGCUACAUCAUUUCUUGAGGACUAUUCAGAUGUCAGUAGCUGCUCAGAUGCAGAUGUGGCUGAAACAAGAUCCUCUUGUAAAUUUAUGGCAAGUAAUUCGGUUCCAAAACCUAAAACUGAUAUUUCUGUAAAACAUAACUCAUCGGACUGGCUUUUCACUCAUACUGAUAAUGUGACAUUUCCUACUGAGAGUCUAUGCCCUAAUAUGUCAGACACUAAUGUAAUUUUUUCAAGUCCAUCAGAUGUGAAGGCAGGAGAAAACACUGUUGAACAUACACAAUGCAAGAUGGAAAGUCCAGUAAACACUGUCAAAUCUUGUGCUGGACACAAUCAGACCUCUACUACAUCGAACAUGAUGAUGACUACAGGGAGUGUGACUGUAAAGGAUAUAAAUUAUCAUAAUUGUCAAGAUCAGAAAGAAAAGGAGGAUGUGGAAAAAGACCUCACUCAAGAAAAUCAUUCAAACAUUUCGAUAGGGACCCAUGAAAACCUUACUGGUGAUGGAAUAGAGAAGUACCAGGAUGGCAAGAAGGACAAGCAGAUCACUGCAACUGCACCUAAUAUCAUGAAUACAAUUGACAAUGAGCAAGAUUACUUGGAUGAAAAACUCCUAAGAAAGGAAAUGGAGGAAUCAUUCAACCAAGAAAAUAAGGGAUUUGAUUAUUCCAACCCCACAGAUGGUCACGAUAGAAAUAUGAGAGAGGAUGAGCAGGACAAAAGUAACGGCUUAAAAGAGGAAAUAAAGGAAUCGGGUUCAUCAGAAAAUGAGGUUUUGGAUGAGCAGAAAUCCACAAAUCCCAAAUCCAUUGAGGGUCAAGAUGAAAAUAUGGAGACUGACUUUCGGGAGAAAGAUAUUCCGUCAAAUGUCUCUCAAUCUUCAGAUGAAAAGGUGUCCGAUUGUAAAGAUACUUCUCACGAACUGAGGGGAUUCACAAGUACCUUGAAAAGCAAUGCCAGUAACAAGAAUGAGCGAGGUGUUGCAAGAAACCCAGAAUCCUGCUUAGAUCCAAAUGGCUCCAACACGGAUGUAAACCCCUGUAUCGAAAAAGAAUGUGCAGCAGAGAAGACAAAUACUACUUCUUCCUCAGGUACAGAUUGUAAUGGUUCUGGUGUCACCAGUGACAGUUCAUCUAUUGAUAGUGACAAGAACAAGCAAGGUAUUGCUGGUCAUAUAGAAGCAUGCUUGCAGCCAAAAAGCUCAAGCACAGACAUACAUUCCAGUUUAGAAGAGGAAAUGAGAAAAGAAGAAACCACAACCUCUUCAACAGAUCCAGAUUGCAGUGGACCUGCUGUGACUAGUGACAAUAAACAACAAAGUGAUUUUAAUAGUUCAGAACAGUGCUUAAAGACAAACAUCUCAAGCACUGACAUAAAUCCCUGUCCAUCAGAGAAUACAAAUACAACCUCUUCUCUAGAUCAGCAACAAUCACUACAUCAAAGUCCCAUGGGCCUAGAAUCAGAAAGCUUGAUUGAAGAUGUUGCUGAAAAUGCAAGAGAGUCAUUUGAAGAGCUGGAUAUAGCCACUGAGGAACCAUCAGUGCUUAGCAUGGUGUAUGGUGAACCUCUAUCAAGAGAAGACUCGUCAUGUGACACUGAUGAAACAAAACUUGACACACGUCAACAUAAAGUCACUUCUUUGACCACACCUGAUGGUAACACCAUGAACCAUUCAGAAGGACAAGCACCUAGCAACCAGCAACUAAAAUCCUCUCUACAAAUGAGGAAACGCCUGCAGCCUGUUGUAAUAUUGAAAACCUUAGAGUCAGUAAACGUAACAAGUAACUCAUAUCAUUGCGCAGGUUGCCAACACACAGAGAACAAUGUGGAUCAUCUAAUUGAACACCACUAUUGUUGCCAUUCAGUACACAGUUUCCAGCAUUGUAACACUUGUAAUAUCUACCUGUUGAGAAAUGAACCAGAAGAAAAACAUUUGUGUUAUGGAACUAGAGAAAGCCCCGAACUUCCUUCUAAUCCCAGCCAACACAAGAAAAAACAUCACGGCCGCCACAAGUGCAUUAGGUGUGGGCUGACAUUUUCAAAAAUAAUUCAGUAUAUCAAGCAUAUGCGGACUCACACUGGCAAAACACCUUUUCAGUGUAAGGGAUGUGGAUUAUAUUUUGCACAGGCUGGUAGCCUGCAAAGACACAAGCGUAUACCUGGUAGAUGCAAGCAGUCAAAACUUCCAGUUACAAAUACUGAUGCUGUUAUCAACAAAACUACAACACUACCAGUUAAGGACUUGGUACUGAACAAACCAUAUGCAAAUCUACCUGAAUGUUACGUAAAGCUUGUUGACAUCUCCAAAACUAACCUGUGUCGUGUAUGUGGUAAAACGUUCUCAACUGAAGAGAAGGCCAAAAAGCACUUCUACAACGUGCACAAGGGAAAGAGUUUGGUGGUUUUGCCCAGUCGCUGUACCACAAAACCUAAUGAUGAGAACAGUGAAAAAGCAAAGAAUGAGAUAAAAGGAAAAUAUAAAUGUCCUCUUUGUCCACGGCUUUUCAAGUACUCAUACAACAGGGCUCGACAUUUGCGUGACUGUGUCAGAGAUAAAGUAUAUGGUGGCAAGGGAAAAAUUGGUGGUAAAUACCGAUGUCCCUUGUGUCACACUACCUUCACUAUGGCAUCCAACCGAUACAGACAUAUUAAAACAGUUUGCCUCCGAGACUGUCUUAAUCGGCUGGCAAAAGAGAGGGCAAACACAAGGCAAAAUGUUAAACAGGACGAAACAAAGGAAAUUGAACAGAAAACAGUGUCAAAGGAAAAUGAACAGAGAACACAGUCAAAGGAAAAUGAACAGAAAAAACAAGCACCCCCAGCUUUAAAAGCCCACAAGAAUGUACCACGUUACAAGUGCAAUCUUUGUCCAGCAGUUUUUUGUCAUGCUUCUGGAAAGUACAGACACAUGAAGAAACAUGAGUUGUUUAAACUCACUGGCAAAAUGUUCAGGUACAGGAAUUCCGUUUUCUCUACACUGUGUAAACCAGCAACUUUAGGUAAUAUAAAAGAAGAGAGUAAGGGUGGCUUAAAAUCAAUUGAAGCAAAUCUUUCUCUAAGCUGUCAUUUUUGUGGAAAAUGUUUUGGCACGUCACAGUCACUGAAGAAACAUGAGCGCAAUCACAGAGGCGAAAGACCAUACCGCUGUCUGGAAUGUGGAAAACGAUUCAAGAAACGUGCCUAUCUGAUUGGACAUAAAAUUGUUCACCAGAAGAGGAUACAGUGCACUGUCUGCAGAAAAAUUCUUCCAACUAUUGGGGAGCUAAUCCAGCACACAAGCUCGCAUCUUAAAAAGGGAAAGCUUCAAUGCCCAGACUGCCAUCUGCAGUUCCAGUAUCCUGCACAUCUCCUCAGGCAUCUAGACAGCCACAAAAAUAGAGAAAACAAGGCAUCUCAGCUUGAAGAGAGACCACAAUUAAAACCACAGCAGUCCUUGGAAACUGUAAAAGAGCAGAGUGGACCAAAGCAGCUACAGUGUUCCUUAUGCAAAGAGGUGUUUGAUGAUGCCCAAGUACUAAGAAAACAUUGUCUUACACACAUAUCUGGGUCCUCGUCAAACCAGUGUCCAUUUUGCAAACACAAUUUCACUACUCGCCGCUAUUUGCUGCGCCACAUGAUCAAACAUACUGGAGCCAAACCCUUUUCCUGUAAUGACUGUGGAAAACAGUUUUACCGUGACUUGUACCUUAAACUUCACAGUGAGAAGUGUUUACCUGCUCAAACCAGACGCCUUGUCGCAAUGGAGUCCAACAUGAAGACAAAGGGUUCACAUCAUUGUUCCUAUUGUCCACGGGUGUUUUCGAAGAAAAACCGCCUGAAAAGUCAUCACCGUGGUCACAACACAAACUCUCUGCUUCUAUGCUCCAGAUGUAGACAGUACUUUGGAUUUAGAAAAUUAAACCAACAUCAAAGGAACUGUGUGGGGACAGAGCUCAACACUGGCUUAUCAUCUCCUAAUGGCAAUUUCAGUAAAAGUGCUUCUCAGACAAGUGAUAAAAAGGCUUUACAGUCCAAGAUGCUUCAGUUUAAAUGUACUCACUGUACACAGAGGUUCAGGUACAAAUCAUUACUCUUGAGACAUCUUGUUUCACAUACUGGUGUGCAACCCUAUGCAUGUGUUCACUGUGGCCACAGAUAUCGAACCCAGACAAUGUGUUUGCAGCACGAAGUUUUCUGUGAUGGCGAUUACAAAGAGGGCCAAGCAAAACUCAAAAGUGGUGCGGCAAAAAAAUUGUCAAACAUACCUGCUCUCAGAGAGGCAGGACAAAAGCCCCAAGCAGAAGGUGAAGCUGAAUACAAGUGCAAAUUCUGCACCAAGACUUUCAUGAAAUCACGAAACCUGAGACGUCACAUCUUGACACAUAAUGAAGUGAAGCCUUAUCGCUGCAAAGCUUGUGACAGCUGCUUUUCAAGGUAUGAUCAUCUAAAAGUACACCAGAAUCGUUGUAAAGGGAAAAGAUCAAGAUUGGAAGUCUGUAUUCCCAAAAUCAGUUUAGAUGAUGUUGGCAAGGGUUGGCAAAAUAGGUUUGGCAUAGGGCCUGCUGAAAAACAGGAGACAUUUGAGUGUGAACUCUGUGUAAGGAGCUUCUCAACUCAAUCUAAACUUUCUCGACAUAACACUAUGUUCCAUGUUGCAAAAUUAUUCAAGUGCACACGCUGUGGCGCAUCAUUUGCUCAUGAAAAAUCUAUGAAAAAGCAUAGGAAGAUGAGAAAGUGCAGAAAGGUAUCCAAAGAAACAAAUGCUUCUCUACCACUGGAAACUAAUCCACCAGCAGAAAAUGUGACCACAGCCCUUGAUGGGGUGAGAAGCCGAGUUAUUCAGAGGAUCCAGCCUCAUUUCAACAAAAAGUACAAAUACGUAUGUAAUUAUUGUCCCCGUGCUUUUGGAAACAGUUGGCAAUUAGGCGUGCACACCCGCCUGCACACAGGAGAGAGGCCAUAUGCCUGUGAUUUUUGUGGUCAGGGAUUUAUUAGGAAGGAUUAUCUACAGCGUCAUUUCCAGAAAUGCACCGAGAAAGUGCUCUGUGACAAAUGUGGAGGAUUUUUCCCAAAAGUCAAGCUUGAAAAUCACAAAAAAUGUUGCACUUCAGCACCAAGCUUAUCGAAGUCAGCAGUUUGCCAAAGCCAACAGUCGAUUUCUCAGAGCCCACCAAAAGGGUUUUCUUGUGCAUACUGUAGUUCCCGGUUUUUGCUAUUUUCACAGCUCCAAGAGCAUUUUUUAGAUGCACACAAGAUGGAAACAAUGGCCCCACCAGUGUCAACUGCUCCCCUACAACACCAUCUGUCAAAUAUACCAAGCAUCAAAGAAGAGCCUUUGGAUGAGAGUUGUGACGAACGGCUUAGUGAUGGUGCUAGUUUAAUCUGUAAACUAGAUACAGCUCUUGAUGGGGAGGUCCCCAAACCAUUGUCUUGCCCGGAGUGCAAUAUGUCCUUUUCAAAUAAAGCUGGACUAACUGGUCAUCUGCGUGUACACACAAUGGUGCAUCCUUUUUACUGUAAAACAUGCAAGAGAGGCUUCUGGAAUAAAAGUCUUCUCCGCAAUCACAACAGGAAAUGCAGAUAUGGACAUAUUUCACGGAGGAAAACAACCCAGGAGUUGGAAGUCCCUUUGAAAGCAGAGCUUGAUUUUGCACUGAAUGACUCUGUUCUGGUGUUCAAAGAAGGCUCCAAAACAACUGGCACUGGGGUUUUGCAGACCAACUUCUCAUGUAAAGAGGACUUUAUGGAUGAAUCUCCACAAAAUUCAGAAGCAAAUGAGGUGCAAGGCAACUCAAGCAAAGAGAAGAAAGCUGUGCAGUACCAGUGUUCAGAAUGUGACCAGAGCUUUACAGAUGGCUUAAUGCUCAUUAGUCAUCUUGAAGACCAUGGACGACAGGAACAAGAGAAAAAGCGCAAUACAUGUAGUAAGUGUGGGCGGGUAUGUACUAGUCCAGGAAAUCUUGAAAAACACAUGAAGAUUCAUGGAGUCAAUAAGAAAUACUCUUGCCCUGACUGCGACAAGACGGUUGACACCUUAUCUGAUUUGGAAAUCCACAGAACAUGUCAUGACUCCAAUAGACCUUGUGCUUGCAAACUGUGUAAUCAGAGGUUUUGGACAAGAGCAUCUUUAUGUAAUCAUUACAGUCAAGAUCAUCCAGAUGAUGUAUAUAAUUGCCGUUUCUGUAACAAGACCUAUGCAGCUAAAAAAUCGCUGGCAAGACACUAUAGGAAAUGGCAUCAAAAAGAGCUGAAGGAUCGUGAAAGUACUGUACAGGAAAAGAGCAGCACUGAACAACAAUCCUCUGGUCUGGUCAGUACGACUGGUGAAAGUGAUGCAGAUGAAAAUAAUGGCACUGAGGACAGCGACUCAGACUCUGCACCAUACUUCCCGUGCCAUGUGUGUGGCAAGACGUUUCCAACAUCAGAAAGUCUUGAGGAUCAUCAGCGGUGUCACCUGGGUGAAAAACCGCAUGAAUGUGCAGAAUGUGGUAGAUGUUUUUUCCAGGCAUCCCAGUUGCAGCAGCAUCAACGAAUGCACAAGUCUGAAUUUCAGUGUCAGGCAUGCGGCAGGGGUUUUGUCUCUCUCUUUGCACUGCGCAAACAUAAGCAUACUCAUGGAAAGAGCCGUCCUCACCGUUGUCCCAAGUGUGACUUCAGUUUCACAGGGCCCUCACAGUUGGCAGAACACAUGUCCACCCACCGCGAAGAAAACUUCCCAUGUGACAUAUGCAAUCUAGUGUUUCCUUCCAAGAGCAGUAGAGCUGAACAUCGGAAAAGACACUCUAAAUCAGGUCACCCACCUUCAGUUUCAUGGAAAGAACAAGAAAAGUCUGCUUCACUUUCUGAAAGCUCAUCAGUAUUUAACAAAGAACUUAAAUAUCGCUGUGGUGUUUGCAGUGAGCGUUUCAGAGACCCAGAAGAGCUCUCUGAGCACGGUUGCAUGGCAGCCAAAGAGCGACCAUACUCCUGUUCAGAAUGCGAUAAACAUUUUCUGCAUGCAUCUCACCUAAAAAAGCACAGGAACACCCAUCAACUAUCAUGGUCUAAUAAUGAAUAUCCAUGUAAUCUCUGCAACAAUAGCUUUUCCUCAGCUCAGCACUUCAUCAACCAUCUCAAGAGCCAUGUUGAUACAGGAAUUAAACGUAAGACUGAAGGUAAAGACGGAGGUCCUUCACAUGCUUUCAUAUGUCCAGUUUGCCAUCAGUGCUUUGCCAGUGCCGGCGAAUUGAUUGGUCAUUUCCCCGCGCAUCUUGACAGAUCAUCUGGAUGCAAAAUUUGUACAGAACACGAGUGUCUUCACCUGACAUCAACUACUGAAUUUGAAUGCACAAAGUGUGGCCAGAGCUUUUUGGGAAAGGAUGCGUUCUGUCAGCACCACUGUUCCCACCAACAGCACACAGUAACUGAGAACGAGUACUCAAAUCCAUCAGCCCCUCCAACUUAUCAUCAAGCAGUAGGAGAGGAGGAGGAGGUUGAUGUUACCGGAGAGGACUUGUACAAUUGCCCUGUUUGCUCAAUGCAGUUCUCUUCUAAAAGUGUUCUUUUGGAACAUCAAAAUAAACAUCUCCCAAAUGACAAGCCAUUCAAAUGUGGGAUUUGUGGAAAAACAUUUGCCGUGAAGCGGUACCUUAGAGAGCAUGAGCGAAGGCAUCGUCAAAGAUAUGCUGCUCAAACCACUGCCCAAUUGACAGGAAACAAGCUCAGAUGUACCCAGUGUCAGACCGAAUUCAAUACGGCACAAGAUCUGUCGUUGCAUAUGAGAUUGCAUGCAGAGAAAGAAGUUGGAGAUUACCGCUGUGACAUGUGCUACAAGUCAUUCAGCCAGUGGUCUCUCCUUAAGCAGCACCAAGAGAGUCAUGUUGGCCAAGUUGUAUAUGAAUGCAAUGAAUGCGACAAAGCCUUUGCUUUUCCUCACCUACUGGAGGAACAUCAACAGACUCACGUUGGGUCCUCUCAGUAAUGGUUGUUACCUACCAUCUACCUUCUUUUCUUGAAAUCCCUUUCAUGCCUUACAUCUGACUUUGUAUGGGACUUAUCUUUAUUCAACAGCAAAGUCUUUCAAUUUGAGAGCAUGACGUCAUGAUUUCACAUUCAGAUUUUGUAAUGCUUUCCCUCAAAGCCCUGCCUUCACACUCAAAAAGACUCCUUGCACUUUGAUUUGCUCUGCCUCUGCUCUAACAGUAUGCUUGCACUCAGAUGUAUUGUAACUUGCAAAGAUAUCCUGCACUCUAUCUUCAACCCUUCUCCUCACACUUAGGCAGCUUCUGUGCAGUUGUGAAGCAGAAUUCCAGGUGUAGUGUUGACCAAUGAAUCGAUCCCUGCCUCAUUGUAGGUGCGGUCACUCUUUAGUCUGCAAAUAUGAUUCACUAAUUUUAUAGAAUUAAUAGCACAAUUACAAUAAAAAAAACUUUGGCGGUCCAUAAGUCAUGCUCUCGUUUUGGAAGACUGCACUCUUGAAUGAGGAUAAGAGAAAAGCCCCAUUAGUGUACCUCCACUAUUUGUUUUUUUUUAGCUGUUGAUGGAUGCUUGCAAAGCUCUUGGCUCAUGUCAGUAUGAUAGGGCAUCCUCCUGAGUUUCUAUUUACAUUGUAUAUUUUUCUGGUUCUGAAAUUGGAAUUUGUAUACCCUAGAUUAGCCACAUAGUUACUUGACAGUGUUUGUAAAUCUAUGACAAAAUUGUGUAAAGCUGUUUAAUAUUCUGGUUGAUGAAUAUAGACAAAACAUGAUGGCAUAAGAUUCAUGAAAUGUCUUGGAUAAUGGCUGACAUUUUUGAUCGAACAUCGUCAUGUUUGACACUUAUUUUGAAACCGUUUAUAGUCAGUUUUGUUAUAAUAUGUAAAAUAGAUUCAAAAUGGUCAUUUUAAUCGAUUGGAUUUUUUUAUGACUGUUCAUGUACUAUAGAUCAUUUUGUAAUUUUCCGUUUUCACAUUUCCCUGUGUUUGUCAUGGGUUGCAUUUUUGAUAUUGAUAAGCAUCUUGUACAGACUCAAAAUGUUCUAAUUGAAUAUUCUUUUCUCAAUCCAAGGAUGUUACUUUCUUAAGAAAUUUAAGUUGAUGCAUUCAAUUAAGGAGUAAAGUCAACUAGAAAAU